UCCAAAGAAGGGUUAUUGUCACCGAGCUGGAGGUAGCGCACCAUGGGUAGUCAGGCAGACGAGACAUUUGCUGGCUACCAAGCGUCUGGCCCUGUGCCUCAAGAUGAAGGAGCCGCGCGAUCUUCUCGGGCCUUGUUGCCCAAGCGGGCUGUUAUGGGCAUAGCUGCAUUCGGCGUGGUGGGACUUGCGAGCGUGUUUUUGUCUCGGCAGGGCACAGCUGUCGAGCAGCACACCAAAAGCGAGCUUUCCACGCAACACUCCAGCAAGAACGGUAGAGACCACGAAGAGCAGUUCGACGACAAGGGCCGCUUCAUCUUCCGAGAGUACGACAUGCAGAAACCCUUCUCCUCUUUCUUGCCCGGCAUCGGCGGCGAGUGGGGCACUCCACUCUAUGCGUUCUACAACAACCGGGGGCAGAGCAUGGUUUCCGUGGGAUCCGUCAAUAAAGACGGUGCCAUGAUGGAGUUCCUGCCCGCCUCACUCGCCUACCAAGAGGUACCCUGGGUCGGCUUCCGUACCUUUAUCAAGGGAACUCGCAAGGGCAAGACUUGGGUGCAUCAGCCAUUUUUCCCCGAGUCGACGGGGGAGCUCGUCAAGCAGGAAGGAGGGCGGAAGAUGCGGCGAAACAUGCACAUCGGCAUGAACGAGUUGGAGAUUAGGGAAGAGAAUGACGAUCUGGACCUCGAUGCGUCGGUGCAGUACUACGAGGUGCCGAACGAGGACUUUGGCGCCAUCAUCCGCAGGACUACUUUGACUAACACGCACGACUCAGAGACCCUCGAGAUUGAGGCUCUAGAUGGCAUGGCGCGUGUCUUGCCUUACGGUCUCCAAGAUCUUCCCUACAAGGUGAUGGCGCGAACCUUCGAAGCCUGGAUGGAGGUCCACAACGUAGACGGCGAAGAAAAGAAGGCCCCCUUCUUCCGCCUGUCCCAGGGCACCGCGGACACCGAAGAGGUCCAGAUCAUCACCCAGGGCAACUGGGCCAUCUCUUUCCUGGAGACUGAGGGGGACGAGGGACACGAAGAGCUCUUAGACUUUAUCGUUGACCCUGCGGUCGUCUUUGGGGGUGUUGAUACCGCCAUCGAGGCACCCACGGCCUUCAUCUUGUCUCCGCUCAAGGACCUACUGGAACAGCUGCAGGUGAUCAGGGGACGGACCCCGUGCGCUUUUGCCGCCGCGAACGUGACCCUCAAGCCGGGCCAGUCGGUCACCAUCACGAGCGCGUACGGGCAGGCACGGGACGUGGAGACCUUCAACAACGUCAUCAUUCCCGCCAUCACCGCUCGUUCCUUCGUUCAGACGAAGCUCAUCGAGGCGGAAGAGCUGACCGAACGGCUCACCAAGGGGGUAAAGAUGGUGUCUGGGUCUCCUCUCUUCGACGGCUUCGUGAAGCAAGCGUACCUCGACAAUCUGCUGAGGGGUGGGGUGCCGUCGAUCAUGGGAGACGCCGAAGAUGCGAAGGUGUUGAACAUUUUCAGCCGGAAGCACGGCGACCUGGAGCGCGACUACAACGACUUCGUCAUUGAAUCCACCUACUUCAGCCAAGGCCCCGGUAACUUCCGAGACGUGGCCCAGAAUCGCCGUUCCGACGUGGUGUACGAGCCGCGGGUGGGCGAUUUCGAUGUGCGACUAUUCUUGAGCCUUACGCAGGCGGACGCCUACAACCCGCUGAUCGUUGGAACCUCCAAGUUUUCCCUUCCCUCCGAGGACGUUGCCUCUGCGCUGGCUCUAACCGCCACCGACGCGCAUUCUGCGGCGAACCUCACGGCACUUCUGUCAAAGCCGUUCCUCCCCGGAGACCUGUUCCGCUCCAUGGACGUACAGGAGAUUCACCUCACCGUACCCAAGCCGGAAUUCCUCCGCAGCAUUGCGACGGCAGCGAGCCAAGUGGCCGACGCAUCGUUCGCGCAGAAUGGCUUCUGGGCUGACCACUGGACGUACACUCUAGACCUCAUCGAGAACUAUCUCAUGGUCUACCCAGAAAACAAGGAGUACCUCAUGUACGACUCCGACCCCGUGCCCUUCUUCCAGAGCCCGGGUCAGGUCAAUCCUCGCGACGACAAAUACGUGGAGACCGAGAGGGGUGUUCGGCAGUACACAUGUGUGGCCAACGAUGAGGAAAAAGUGAAACUGUUGGAGAGCAGGAAGAAAGAGGUCGGCGCUAACUGGCAGCGGGCGGUGAACGGGGAGAUUUUUGCCGUUCCUGCCAUCUCCAAGCUGGUUUCUUUGGCCGUGAUCAAGUUCGCCACACUCGACCCCCUGGGGAUGGGCGUGGAAAUGGACGGAGGAAAGCCUGGUUGGAACGACGCCAUGAACGGCUUGCCCGGCCUUCUGGGCUCCGGCACACCGGAAACGUUCGAGCUCCUCCGCUUGCUUCGCUUCCUCAGGGUGGUCCUGAAGGAGUACCCCGAACGCAGCAUCCCUAUCUACACGGAACUCCACGACCUGAUUGAGGCAGUCAGAGGCGAACUCAAGACUUACAACGAUAACGGGGGCGGUGAAGACGACGACGGCGCUUUUAACGCCAACGAAGGGAUUUGGACCGUGAAGGAGGUUGACCAGCAGUACUGGGACAACGUGAGGUUCUCCCUCGAGGGGUACCGCGAGGCUGUCAGGCUACACUUCAGCGGAGGAUCGAUCGAGUACACGGCUUCUGAACUGGACGACUUCCUGGCGGAGAUGGAGGCCAAGAUGGAGUCUGGUGUGGAGAGGGCUAUCGAGGCUACCGCCGGCGAGACCCCAUGCUUCUUCUGGUACGAGACAACGGAGUACCACCCCGUGAACAACGGCACCGAAGACUACUUUGGACGUCCCCACGUCGUCGUGGACCGCACGAGGGCACACACCGUGCCCCUGUUCCUUGAGGGACCCACUCGCAGAAUGAAGGUGCUGAAGACCAAGGAAGAGAAGAAGGCCCUUUACGAGCAGGUUCUCAACAGCACGCUGUACGAUGACGAGCUCAAGAUGUACAAGAUCAGCGAGAACCUCGAGGGGCAGCCCGAAGAGCUCGGCCGAAUGCUGGCCUUCCCUCCCGGUUGGCUCGAGAACGAAUCCAUCUGGAUGCACAUGUCGUUCAAGUGGUACCUGGAAAUCUUGAGGGCCGGACUGUUCACAGAAUUUUGGGAGGAGGCUAAGACAGGGAUGCCUCCCUUUAUGGAUCCAGCCGUGUACGGUAGAAGCCCCCUUGAAAUGGCCUCCUUCAUCGUCAGCAGCGCGUUCCCGGACCCUGACAUGUGGGGAUCGGGUUACCUGGCCCGCCUCAGCGGGUCCACGGCGGAGCUUCUCAGCGUGCUGAACCUCGCCACGGCCGGGCCGGAGCCGUUCAUAAGCACAAACGAGGGACUCAGCCUAGAGUUCACGCCUGCCCUGCCCGAAUGGAUGUUCACAAUCGAAGGAAAGGUUUCCUUCACAUUCAUGGGCGGCGCUAACGUCACGUACCACAACCCCCGCGGCCUCGACACCUGGCACGAAGACUUCGGCGAAGUUUCAAAGAUGGUCGUGAGGCUAGCGGGCGACGGUACCAUCGCCGGGGGCGAUGCGGGCGAGGACGGCGGACAAGGGGUCAUCACGUGCCCCCUGGACGAUCUUGACCCUGGUCAGGACGUCGUCCUGGAGCUCGACAGCGGUGUGCUGCCUCCGCCCUACGCGGAGAUGGUGCGCGCGCAGGCUGUUCGCGCGAUCGACGUCCACUACAAAUGAGCAUAGUGGCGAAUGAUUUAGUUUUUGUAGGGUACAGAGCAGAGCGAAUUUCGCUCUUGUCUGUUCAAGAUAGGCGCAUUACGCAGCGGGUCGUCCAGUUUUGUUUCCGCCCGAAGAUCGACCCAAAUGCAUGCGAUGGGUGGCCGACUUGAAGCAGUCGGCCAAUAGCCUGGCCAUUCUAUUCAGAACGGAUGUUCGCCGGGCGGAAAUAAAGUUUCAUGGGGUGUCGCUGUUCCCGCGAGCCUCGACGCAACCCCUUCGCUCCGCAUUCGGCAAGAGGCAAGGAAGUUUAGACAACACGCUCACCAGCGAAACGUUAUGUCAACAGACAGAAGGCAGAAGAGGGGUAACAGAGUGCAAUCAUAGACAGCAAGCGUAGCCGUGGGCAGCAGCAAUAAAUUUAUAGCCACGGUGGUACAUGGCCGAUCGGCCUGCCUACCAGUCUGCCCCUCUGGGCCUCCGGCACCCCCACGCCCCUCAGUCCUCAGUCGUCGGCCACCCGGCUACUCGGUCUUUGUUUCGCCAUUUUCACCGUUGUCGGCUUCCGCUGCUGUGCGUCAGACCAUUGUUCGUGCCUUGCUGUGUUUUAUGUGUGUUUGCUUUCACACUUCCCCUUGCCCGCUCUGUACGUUCUGGAAGUACACCCAGGAAUACGGUGCAGAGAGUGGGGGGGUGCCUGGUCGGCGAGAACCCUAAACGGAAUCCUCUGGCAUUGUAGGAGGGUGUGGGAAGCCUUCGGCUGGUCGUAGUCGUAGUUGUCUCUCUCCGCAAUCGUGGCACAUCCUCUUUUCCCCUGGUUUUUCCGGUUAUAUUUUGUUUUUCUUCCGAAGUGGCACGUACCCCAGUCUUCGAUCUAGCGCCAGCGGGACACGAGCCCCCACGGGGCCCAGUUUGGUAUCACAGAGGACGUACUGUACACUUUGUGAGUUUCCUUACGGCGUCAUGUGUGUCCAGUUGUGUAACCACAGGCUCCUACGGACCUUUUGGAAUAGGGAGCUAGUAUUGUGACGAAAACAUGUUCCACGCAACCUUGUAAGAAUCAGGUUCAUGGGUUCGAGCCCCGGCGAAGCGAAUUGUUUUCUCACAUUCGUUCCUGGAAAGUUGAAAUCGAUUUCGUUGGUACAUAUCCUUCGACUUCAUUUUUGACAAGGGUGGGGAUUGUUGAACCCAGCUCGCAAUCAAAACCUCGGAAGACAGGCACCGCAGGAGGGGGUCCAAUCCCCUGACCCCGGUUGGGUCUAGCUAGUCGUAGUGGAGGAUGGGGGCCAGUGGGGCAGACGACAGAAAGCCAAAGAAGUGGGAGGGGGUAAAAAAGCAACAAUAGUAUAGGAGAGCAAUAUUGACAAGACUCUCAUCACCGGUGGCAGGCUCCGUCUUCCACGCGCAACUUUAUCUUGCUCGUCACAACUUGAACCCAUGGACAGCGUUAGAUCGAACAAUUUGGUGAUUAGACUAUAUGUAUCGUACAAGGCUCUACAAAGACCGGCAACGUAGAGCAUCUCAUGGAGGGAAUGAGCUCCAUCCACUGAUUUGGAGAAACACUGUGUAACUGUUGUUCGUAUUCGGGCGCAUA